GCAUUUCAUUUCCAUUUCUCUUUCCCAGACGUCACUUUCUCUUUCAGAUUCUCUCUCUCUCUCUCUCUCGAUGUUUCCUCGGUACAAUCGGUGAUAGAAAUGGAAGCUUUGCGCUUUUGCUCUUCGGUAUCUUCUUCGUUGGUGUAUCGCUCUCUAUUCGAUCGAUGAGCGAGUGAAUCUUACUCUCCAUGCCUCUAGAUCUCUGGCUAAUCUUUGAUUCUGAUACUGAUACUCGCUAAUUGAAGCAUGUGCAGUGGUCCAGAGCAAUCUAAAUCAUCAUCAACUCCGGCUGCAUCUACUGUAGAAACCACAUCUAACAACAAAGACAUGAAUAACCUAACUGUUCAGACUGAAGAUUCUUUUUCCAGCUUACUUGAUCUUGCUGCUAACAAUGAUGUUGAAGGUUUUAAGCAAACCAUCGUGAGGGUUGCUUCUUCAAUUGAUGAGGUUGGACUCUGGUAUGUCCGUCAGAAAGGCUCAAAACAAAUUGUUCUCGAGCAUAGAACUCCAUUAAUGGUUGCUGCAACCUAUGGCAGUGUUGAUGUUCUUAAAUUUAUACUCAUGCAUCCUGAAACUGAUGUAAAUUUCUCAUGUGGACAAGAUAAUACCACUGCUCUUCACUGUGCUGCUUCUGGGGGAUCUCUUAAUGCAAUUGAUGUUGUUAAGCUGCUUUUGUUAGUGGGUGCUGAUCCAGAUCGUAGAGAUGCUAAUGGUCUUCGCCCUAUUGAUGUUGUUGUUGUUCCUCCAAAGUCUCAAAGCUUGAGAGCUGCGCUGGAAGGGCUUCUCUCCAUCAAUGUUUCUGAUGGCACUGUUGGUGAGCGUCAUCUACGGCUAUCCAUCAGUUCCUCAGGUUCUGACUCAUCAACCCUUUCAUCGUCACCUGAAGAUGGAUUGCCUUCUUCUCCUUUGGAGUUGGUAUCUUCUCCAAUGUAUUCAAAGUUUAAUGAUUUACCUGUUAAUCCUGCAUCGGAGAAGAAAGAAUACCCUGUUGAUCCGUCGCUACCUGACAUUAAGAACAGUAUCUAUGCAACGGAUGAGUUCCGCAUGUUCUCAUUCAAGGUUCGUCCUUGUUCACGAGCCUACUCCCAUGAUUGGACUGAGUGCCCUUUUGUGCACCCUGGAGAAAAUGCUCGUAGAAGAGACCCAAGGAAGUACCAUUACAGUUGUGUGCCUUGCCCUGAUUUCCGAAAGGGGGCUUGUAGGCGUGGAGAUAUGUGUGAAUAUGCUCAUGGAGUUUUUGAGUGCUGGCUCCACCCAGCUCAAUACCGGACUCGGCUUUGCAAGGAUGGUACAAGCUGCAAUAGGCGGGUCUGCUUUUUUGCACACACUACUGAGGAGCUCCGUCCCUUGUAUGUAUCAACUGGAUCUGCCGUCCCAUCACCCCGCUCAUCUGCCUCUCACGGUGUUAUGGACAUGGCUUCUGCUAUGAGCCUUUUUCCUGGAUCUCCUUCAUCAAUGUCUGCCAUGCCUCCUUCUCCAUUUGCUCAACCCAUGUCUCCAUCUGCAAAUAAUGGCAUUUCACACUCAUCUGUUCCAUGGCCGCAGCCAAAUGUACCAGCCCUUAAUCUUCCUGGAAACAACCUUCAAUCCAGUCGCUUGAGAUCUUCGCUUUGUGCCCGAGACAUCCGACCUGAGGAUUUAAAUUUGUUAUCCGAUUUUGAUGCCCAACAACAGCUUCUAAAUGACUUGACUUGUUUUUCGCAGUCCCGGACCAAUACUGUCUCUAUGAAUCGUUCUGCUCGGUCUAAGACACUAACACCUUCUAACCUGGAAGAGCUAUUUUCUGCUGAGAUCUCUUCGUCUCCCCGAUAUUCUGAUGCAGCUGUUUCUGCUGUUUUCUCCCCUACACACAAAUCUGCUGUUCUCAACCAAUUCCAACAGCAGCAGAGCAUGCUAUCACCCAUCAACACUAAUGUUUUCUCCCCAAAAAAUGUCGAGCACCCUUUAUUGCAAGCUUCAUUUGGUGUGCCAUCCCCAGGAAGGAUGUCACCAAGAAGUGUGGAACCCAUCUCCCCAAUGGGCUCUCGACUCUCUGCAUUUGCUCAGCGUGAGAAACAGCACCAACAGCUGCGCAGCCUCAGCUCCCGGGAUCUUGCAACCAACAGCCCAGCCUCCAUUGUUGGGUCUCCUGUAAAUUCUUGGGUGAAAUGGGGAUCCCCAAAUGGAAAAUUUGAUUCGUUGGUUAAUGGAGAUGAAGUGGGGCGACUGCGAAGAUCAUCAUCGUUUGAGCUUGCUAACAAUGGGGAGGAGCCUGACUUGUCAUGGGUCCAAUCUCUAGUUAAGGAUUCACCCACUGAGAUGAAAGAAAAGUUGCCAGUUCCAGUCUCAGGGGCUGCAGCAUCCGGUGAAGGUUUGAAUUCUAAUUCUCAAAUUGAAUCCAUUGAUCAUUCUGUUUUAGGAGCUUGGCUUGAGCAGAUGCAGCUUGAUCAGCUCGUAGUUUAGUGAAAGCGAAUUCUUUUUUUGACUCACUGAGAUGAUUAAAGAGUUUCGGAGGGUACAUAUAAUUUUUGUGGGUUACUUUUUGCUGGUGGAGAAGGUGAAGUGGGGGAAGUUGGAAAAUGGUGGCUAAGGUCUAAAGAGUGAAGAAUGGCUGGAUAAAGUUUAAGGGAUAUGAUUCAAUUUUUUACCAUUUGUUGUUUACAGCAGAAGUCUGAAGAGAAGGAAGCCUUACUCUGGGCUAAUAUUAAAGAAACCAAGUCCAGGUUAGGUAUCUCUCUUAAAAUACAUCUGUUUUUAGGGUUAGACUUUUUUCUGAACUUUCAUUUCCUCUUCAAAGGAAGCUGUAUGUUAAUUUGCCAACGAAAUCAUUAGCUCUGUAUCUCUUCAAUGUAUCAAUUUUUCUUCAA